GACACACGCAGAUAAGAUAUAUUACUUGCGCGAGUGGUUCCUCGUUUGAUACCGCGUUUUCUAUUCGUAACGUUUCUUCAUCCGCGAUCCCUCCGCAACGCGAAGCUCGGUGGAAGUCAGGAUAGAUUUUCAUCGAGUUAAAGAGAAAAAGAAGAAGUAAACGUUUUCGUUUUUCACGACGAAAAUAUGGCAACCGUAACGUGCAACAAGGAGUCGACGGGCAAGUACAUAAGUCGCAGAAACGUCGUUCCCAUAAUCCACGUUCGAGGAACACACUACGAUAUUGGUUUUGACAUCGGACACACCUUUGCCAAGAUGAUUCAGGAUUUUGUGGACAUUUAUCAACCGCUGAAUGAGAUCUAUCUGCCGCUAUUCGCGACCGAGGAAGGCAAGAAGAUUUAUAAUGAGACCCUUGAUGCGGUCAAAAAACAAUUCCCGCAGUAUUUGAAGGAGAUCGAGGGAACAGCGGACGGUGCUAAUGUGCCGUUUUAUAAAUUGUUUCUGAUGCAUCUGGACGACAUUCUCCCGAACGUUACUGAAAUGCAAGGAAACGCACUUCCGAUCGGUUGUACAUCCAUCAUGUGUAAUCAGUCAGGACAUGAGAUCUUGGGUCACAAUGAAGAUGCCGUCAGUGAAACUAUGAAUCACUGGUACCUCGUGAGUGCUCACGUUAUUGAGGCGGACUGUAGAGAGGAAAAGUUCACGUCGUUAAGCUACGCCGGUUUCCUGCCGGGUUAUACGAUGGGCUACAACCAUCAUGGCCUCGUUUACAGCAUCAACACCCUCAGUGCUGCGGUCCUACGAUCUGGCAAGACUCCACGAUAUUUCCUGACACGAGCACUGCUGGGCGUGGAGAACUUCAUGCAGGCGCAGCAGACGCUGAGAAACGAGGGUUACGGCGCGGCGGAGGGCUUCUCGGUGAACAUGACGUUCCUCGCACAGGAGGGCGACCGGAUGUUUCACAAUGCCGAGGUGGGCCCAGCUGAGGCGGGCGCCGACCGGUCGCAACUUAACAUCCUGACUGUCAGCCCGGGCGACAAUACGUUUCAUUGCAACAAAUACCUACGACUAAAGAUAGAGGAAGUGAAGGGAAACAUUAUACAGAGCAGUAUCAGGAGAAUGAAGACGAUUUCAAAAUAUCCGCCAGUAGAGAGUCAUCAGGAUGUGAUCAACAUACUUAGCGAUCGUACGGGCGAAGAUUACAGGAUCUAUCAAGGCUUUGACAAAGAUGAUGAGGUCAAGACAAUUGCCACUGGCAUCUUUAAUUGCAUCGAGCGUACAUGGUCCAUUUACACGGACAUCCCACGGAUCAACGAACCAAUACUGGUGAUACCUAUGCAACUCCGAGACUUUACGACUUCGCAGUCAAAGAAAUAAUAUCAUUGUUUCUCAUAAACGACGGAAAUCGCGUAGCAUUCGCGUUUGUUGUAUUGACUUUACAAUUGUAUACAUGUAAUAUUAAUCAUUUUAGCUAAAAUAGCAUUUUUAAUUUGUCAAAUAAAACGUAUGAAAUAUUGAUAUCAUCUCUCUGUAGAGAACAUCAAGGUAAGC